UGUAUUUAAUUGAGACAAUUUAUUUUUAAAAGCUCAAUUAGUCACAAGUUAAAUUUUUUAAAUUAAAUAAUUUGGGAUUUUCGAUGGAAGAUUUUAGGUAAGUAAUUUUUUGUACGGUCCUGGUGUUUGUUUUCAUUAAACUCUGUGUUUACAUUUUAUUUCGAUACAAAUGCCUGAAGGUCCAAUCAUAGUGUUUAAAUAUUAGAAAUGUCUUUGUCACCUCCACCAAUUAAGCAUGCGAGUGUGAAAUGCCCUAAACACUUGUCGAUGAUUGGCUAUUGGCUAACUGCAGAGUCUACUCGCUCGCGUCCUAAAUAUCUCGACGGAUUUUUGGAACGUCAGUAGUCAUUAUUAAUUGGACUUUGAUGGAUGUGCAGUUGAUAGUGCGAGAACGGUGAAGGUUCCUCAAGAAACUAAAAACUUUAUGGCACCAUCCAACAAAGGAAGUGGAAAAAUUGGAAAAUCAGGAAAAGGAGGAAGAGGUGGAAGGGGGCGAGCAGGAGUACAGGCAAAGGGUUCAAAAGAAGAAACAAACAAUAUGAAUCAACAACCGAUGCAGCAGCAAACUGGACAGCCGCUGACGCAAUCAGCUAAUCAACCGCUGAUGCAGACAACUAAUCCGCCGAUGAUGCAGUCAGUUAAUCAGCCGCUGAUGCAGUCAACUAAUUCGCCGCUAAUACAUUUAAAUAAUCAGCCGAUAUGCAACAGCAAAAUUUACAGCCGCUGAUGCAGUCAGAUAUUCCGCCACCAAUGCAGCAGCAAGCUGGACAGCCUCUACAACAGCAAGCUGGACAGCCUCUGCAACAGCAAGCUGGACAGCCUCUGUAACAGCAAACUGGACAGCCUCUGCAACAGCAAACUGGACAGCCGCUGAUGCAGUCAACUAAUCAGCCGCUGCUGCAUUCAGCUAAUCAGCCGCUGAUGCAGUCAGCUAAUCCGCCGAUGAUGCAGCAGCAAACUGCACAGCCGCUGGUGCAUUCAGCUAAUCCGACGAUGAUACAGUCAACUAAUCCGCCGAUGAUGCAGUCAGCUAAUCCGCCGAUGAUGCAGUCAGCUAAUCAACAACUGAUGCAGUCAACUAAUCUACCGCUGAUGCAGUCAACUAUACAGCCGCUUCAACGGUCAUAUCAGCAGUCGCUUCAGCCGUAUCAGCAAUCGCUUCAGCCGUAUCAGCAGUCGCUUCAGCCAUAUGAGCAGCCGUAUCAGCAUCCGUAUCAGCAGCUGUAUCAGCAGCCACAACAGCCGUAUCAGCAGCAGUUGCAGCAACAACAGCAGCAUAAGCAACCAGAAAAGCCUGAUCAAACCGAUCAUCGUGAAAAGGAGCAGUGGCCUGAGACGACUCGGCGACGGACAUUGCCACGUCAACGGCAGCCGGAGGAUAAAAAUGUAAAUAUCUAUUUAAUCCUAAAGUGAUGUAAAAUAAUUUUUAGUUUAACAAUUUUAUUAAUUAAUUUUUUUAAUUUUAGAAAAUUGCGGAAUUAGAGCAGAGGCUCA